UAUAUAUAAAGGUUCAUCCACUUUAAAUUUUAGCCAUCUUCAUUCUCACACUCAACCCCUCUCUCUCCUUUCAUUCUCAUUCUCUCUCGGCUUUGUUUUCUCUUUGAUCUGAUUCAUCUAUUCUAUUUCUAUCACCACACAAAAAGAAGAAAAAAAACAAACUUUACUUUAAGAAUUUUGAAGAAUAAAAUCAAAAGAGAAUAACCAUGGUUUUCUCCUCCAUCCAAGCCUAUCUUGAUUCAUCCAACUGGCAACAGGCUCCUCCGAGCAAUUAUAAUCAUGACGGAACAGGCGCCUCAGCAAAUGGAGGUCAUGUUCUUCGUCCUCAGCUGCAGCCACAGCAGCAGCCACAGCAGCAGCCGCAUCCUAAUGGGAGCGGGGGCGGAGGUGGAGGUGGAGGCGGCUCGAUCCGAGCAGGAUCAAUGGUGGACAGAGCAAGACAAGCAAACGUAGCCUUGCCAGAAGCAGCACUGAAAUGUCCGAGAUGCGAAUCCACCAACACCAAGUUCUGCUACUUCAACAACUACAGCCUCACUCAACCACGCCACUUCUGCAAGACCUGCCGGAGAUACUGGACACGUGGCGGAGCUCUCCGCAACGUCCCAGUCGGCGGUGGCUGCCGGAGAAACAGGCGUACCAAAAGCAACAGCAACAACAACAAUAACAGCACUGCUACUAGCAAUAACACCAGUUUCUCCUCCGGGAAUGCAUCCACCAUCAGCACGAUUCUCUCCUCCCACUAUGGAGGAAACCAAGAGAGUAUCUUAAGCCAGAUUUUGUCUCCGGCGAGGCUAAUGAAUCCUACUUACAAUCAUCUCGGAGAUCUCACAAGUAAUACAAAAACAGACAACAACAUGAGCUUGUUGAACUAUGGAGGAUUGAGUCAAGACUUGAGGUCAAUCCACAUGGGAGCUUCUGGUGGCUCGCUUAUGAGCUGUGUUGAUGAAUGGAGAUCGGCGUCUUAUCAUCAGCAGUCAAGUAUGGGCGGUGGGAACUUGGAGGAUUCUUCUAAUCCUAAUCCAUCCGCAAAUGGGUUUUACUCUUUUGAGUCGCCGAGGAUAACUUCAGCGUCAAUCUCUUCUGCUUUAGCAUCGCAGUUUUCUUCGGUUAAAGUUGAAGAUAAUCCUUACAAAUGGGUUAAUGUCAAUGGUAAUUGCUCUUCCUGGAAUGAUCUUUCUGCUUUCGGCUCUUCUCGUUGAGUUCAACCACACAACAAAAAGGAAACUUGAGGGUAUACUUUGGUGGGGAAAAAACUAGUUACCAGGUUAAUUUUGUCUUAUUUUUCGUUUUUGAUUAGUUAAUGUUGUUUACUACUUUCCUCGUUCUCAAUCUACUAUGCUUCUAGUUCUAGGUAGCCUAAGUUAUUGGAUGUUUUUGAGACUAUCCCUUUGUUAUUUUUGUCGACAAUGUUCUUUCGUUAUCUUUCGAGUUUGGUCACUACUAUCAAAUGAACUUAAUGUAUUAAAUAGAUCUUUCUAUCGAUCUUAAUUAAAAAUUCUGAUAUAUU